UCUUACCGUGAGGUGAGAGGUUAUCCUGCUGACGUCAGGGCUGCGUUCUGCCGUGCUGUGUUGGAAACUUUCCCGCUAAAAACUGCCGAAAAUCGCCGCAGAAACCGAGAAUGGCGGACAGAUACAACAUCCACAGUCAGCUGGAGCAUCUGCAGUCCAAGUACGUGGGCACGGGGCACUCAGAUACCACCAAGUGGGAAUGACUGACGAACCAGCACCGGGACAGUAAUGCCUGCUACAUGGGACACUUCGACAUGCUGAACUACUUCGCCAUCGCCGAGAACGAGACCAAGGCCAGGGUCAAGUUCAACCUGAUGGAGAGAAUGCUGCAGCCGUGUGGGCCGCCGCCCGAGAAACCCGACUUCUGAGCACGGACAAACAAACAAACAAACAAACCCACAAACAUCAACUGCAGCUGAUGCUGUUCUCCUGAACAUCCUUAGUGUCUGUAUAUAUAUAUCACAUUCACAGCUACAUAUCUGUGGUCUGGUAGAUCUGGAGCACGGAACAAGACAAUAUGUGAACGUUUCUAGUAAGAGAUUUUUGUACUGUAAUUUACUCUAUCUUUCUGGUUAGCAAAAUUUCACAAUCUAUGAAGAAAAUGGAUAUGUUCAUAUCAUGGUGGCUGCAAGUGCAGAGAGGGGGACGAAAUACAAAUGAUUUGAUAAUGGCAAUGAUUUGUGAAAAAAUCAGGAAUUACAGAGAGGAAUGUAUGCAUUAUUUCUUAGUUAAGUCCAUCACGAAAUAUCUCAUUCUGAAUGUGCUGUGAUAAAUAUGUCGUCUUCUGUUCAUUUUUAGUUCUACAAGCCUUUUUGUAAUAAAGUGUAAUGUUACAUG